UGGCCGCAAACGACGGUGUAACGAUUUGAGUAUCGGGAUUAGCCUAAUAGGUUUUUGGUUUUAAGUGAGUUCUGAUUGUUUGGUUGUGGCUACGCACGGAUGCCAACUGCAAAUACAUACACAUACACACGUACAAAUACAAUACGCAAACGAGUACGUGUCUUGUCUGGAGGAGGAUCGCGUUCAGCAAAUCAGGCCCAGUAGCCGAAUCAGCAGUGAUUGUCGCAUGUUGACAGAUUACCAUUUGUGCUGAACUUUUUGCGACGAUAUUGUGUUUUUGGUGCGAAUAAAAGAACGAGACUCAUACAUACACACAACAACGAAAAUGGCGACCUAUAUAAAAAUUUUCAAUGAGCGCAUUUCCGGUCUCUCAAAGGGUGUUGAUGCGACGGUGGAUAGCUGGUUUUUGAUGAGCUCACCCGUUCCGGUUGUCUCCAUCGUGGGACUCUAUCUGCUGUUUGUUCUCAAAAUCGGACCCGCGUAUAUGCGAGAUCGCAAGCCGUAUGAUCUGAAGAAAGUUAUGGUGGCCUAUAAUGCAUUCCAAGUUUGCUUUUCCAUUUGGUUGUGUCGCACGUCUAUCAACGAAAGUAAUGUGGCCGCCUCGAUUCUCUCGAAAAAAUGCGAAAUCGUACGCAAUCGUGAGCAAAAUUUGAUGCUUUACUCGGGCGCUUGGUAUUAUUUCUUCUCGAAGAUUAUUGAUCUAUUGGAUACCACCUUCUUUGUGUUGCGUAAAAAGCAAAAGCAAGUCUCGUUUUUACAUGUCUACCAUCACACCAUAACCGCGCUCUUCUCCUGGGGAUAUUUGAAGUAUGCGCCUGGCGAACAAGGCGUCAUUAUUGGCAUUCUCAACUCUGGCGUACACAUCAUCAUGUAUUUCUAUUACAUGGUUGCCGCCAUGGGUCCGCAAUACCAGAAGUACCUGUGGUGGAAGAAAUACAUGACCAGCAUCCAACUCAUCCAAUUCAUACUCAUUUUGGGGUAUAUGAUUAUGGUUGCCGCCAAGGGUUGCAACAUGCCACGUGCGCUCACUUUCUUCUUCGUCGGCAAUACGAUAAUCUUCUUGUACUUAUUCGGCGAUUUCUACCGCAAGACCUACAAUACGCGAAAGGCGGCAGCAGUAGCUGCAGCUAAUGGCCGUGCAAAUGGUCAUGCCAAUGGCUAUGCCAAGGCUUAUGCAAAUGGACAUGCGAAUGGUUCAAUAGCUGGUCGCGCAUUGCUGGCGGCUGCUGGGGGUAUGGGUUGCAAGCCGAAUUCUCUGCUGGCUCAUGGGGAUGAAAUGAAACGUUUGAUCGAUGUGAAUAACAAUCACGUCAAACUGGCGAAGGGCGAAUGAGUGCACGCAAAGUAGCGGGUAGAGUAGUUGAAGAUGAAGUACAAGGGUGCAGGGGUAAUAUGAAUAUGGGAAUGGAGGUCCAUACAUACGCUGAUGGGAGAGAUGAUUAGAUGGAGUUUAUAAACAAAAGGUUUUUGCACAACAAAAUUAUCGCUUUAGAAAUAUUUUACUUGGAAUGUAGUUUUUAAAGGAAGUGAAAUUUAGUCAAAUAUGUACUUAAAAAAUUCUGCACCAAAGCGGUAGAUAUUCUGAAAUGAACUUAAUUUAAAGUAAAGCAAAAAAUUUAAUUUAUAACUUUUCGUACGUUUCUUGCUAAUUGAAAUUCCAUAAUCCGCUAAUAGCAGAUCUGAGCACACAAAAAUUUACAAUUUUUCUUCAUGUUUUGAUUUGAAAAACUCGGUGUGGCUCAAGGCGAAUCUAUUAAAGGUGGUAUUGGUAAAUCAGCUGAUUUGUUAUUUUUCUUUCGCCGUGUCCAUGUGGCUGUCAGCUCAGAAUGAAAUAAUGCGAAUUCAUUAUUUGUUUUCUAGUUUCUCAAUACUUUGCUUUGACAAUAAAACGGACAGAGCAUUGUUGUUGGUCUAGUGCCACCACCUUUAAUGAAUACGCCUUGGUGUGGCUCUUGUCUUCAAAGAAAAUAAUUCUCAAUAUUCUAUUCCAGUUUGAAGUUCAAAAAUAGUACAGGUUUUUUAUUAUUGCUACUGUACAAUAAACAUAAUUUUUUUUGAGAAAAAAAAAGUUUUUGUGAGAAAAAAAUUUCAGAAACAAAAAAAUAAAAAUUAGGCUUCAUACACAGUAUAAAUACAUACAUACAUAUUUCAAUAGCAUUAAGUAGAAAUAAUUUUAAACCUUAUUUUAUAUUUUAAAGCAUAUUGUGAGAGUCUUUUGGGGGGUUUUGUAGAAUUUAGUACUUACAAAUUAUCUGCUUACAUACUUUUCUAGUACUAUAAAAUGUGUAUUAGUCAAGAAAAUGUUUGACAAAACAAAAAAAAAAAAAAACAAAAAACAAAAAGAAAAACCUAAAACCGCUAUAGAAUGGGAUGGCCGCUUUCUGUUUUGUUUCAGUGCGCGUGUGUGUGUGAAUGUUAAAAUGUGUAAAUAUGUAAUGAACGAUUUUUAGAAAAUGGAGUUGCAAAAGUCGUAAAAUAUGUAGUUUUCGUACAAAAAUAAAAAACAAAAAACAGAAACAAAAAAAA